AUGUGGUUCGUUCUAUUUUAUCUAAUUGCCUAUCAAGGACCAUUCGUUUCCAGCAGUUCAUUUUCUCCUGAUACAAGUGAUUACGAUGCGUAUGGCAUCAAAAUAGCUGCGAAUGAUGUUCUCUUCGUGCAGGUUGAUAAUGCCGGUGAAACGUUUCUUGUUCAAUUUGCUCCGUACAAUUAUACAUUCGAUUCUCUUCAAUGCUCAUUCGAUUUCGAUGAUUCCACACACUAUGUCUACUCAGUCGGUGUAGGACAAAGUCAAAAUUCAACGACAAAUCCAUAUUUUUACUAUGCUGGAGAAGUUGUCACAUCAGGUCCAAUAGCUACGGAUCAUUCCGGUCAUAACGGUACGUAUAUUGGCGUAUGGAUCGAUCGAGAUUCUCAGAAUAUUCAAAUGUAUUCAACAACGCAUCAGCCAUUAUCUUGCGAUAAUUUUCAAACUGAACGAUUAGUAUAUCUAAAUUCAUAUGGACAUCAAGAAUUCUUCACUAUUGCGGUUGAACCCUAUGGACAAUAUGCCAUCGGUUUAGCAACUGAUUUUGUUUUUAAGUAUCAACCGUAUCCUAUGAGUUCUAUAUUGACAAAGGCGAGCACAGCAGUUUGGCCCAAUAGUUCGACCUUCAGUCCAUAUGCAGCCGAUGCUACUACUACCUUCACUAUCGUUGCCGGUUUUGUUGCCGGCACAGCUCGAUCUCGAGUACGUGCAACACCAGCGGUUUACCUAUUGUGGAAUUCCAAUCUGACUGUUCUAUCAACAUGGUCUUAUAGUGCAGCAAACAAUUCGUGGCAAUCGCGUUUAACUUAUUCUAAUGUUGAAUCUUGGAACAAUCAAUACAUUAUGUCAGUGAAAAUUAAUCCUCAAGAUUCAACUCGAGUGUUAGUUGGUAUGCCUUUCCUGAAUACAGUUUUCCUAUUUGUUGUUACUAACAAUACCCAACUAACAUUGGCUAGUUCACUUGACAAUGGUCAAUCAGUUGGUUUUGGCAAAAGUGUUACUUGGCUAUCGAAAACACAAGCAGCAAUUCUCGUGACAUACUACUCGUUGAGUUAUCUUACGUGGUAUUCAACCAACAUAUUCAUCUAUACAGCAUUUAAUGAUACAACUAUCCCAACAACACCAUCAGCAAGUUUCCCGAAUGCUCAACAACCAAUACCGUCAACGAUCAACUCGAAAUUAAUCCGACUGGUUUCCACCCCAUCAACUCUAGCUGUACUCGAUACUGCCGGCGGAGUUAUUCUCAUUUUAAACGAACAAGCCGGCUUCUAUGCAUCAACGGACACUACUAAUUCUCCUGUUGCAGCAGCCAUGCCUGUGAUUAGUCAUUCGACUUCAUGCAUUGCUGGUACAUUCAAAGUAGACAGUGGUGUUCAUCCUUGCCAAUUAUGUCUGAGUGGAACGCACAAUUCAGGAGGUCCUAAUAGUGGUACAUCAUGUACGACUUGUCUGUCGAGUAGCUUUUGUCCAUUGGGUGCUGCUUAUGAAAUUAAUGCAACAUUGCUUACUUCAAUUUCACAAGCAUAUGCUUAUCCGCGUUCACCAGACAUGACUUCGUAUGAAGAUAUUCUUUUACAACAGAUGUUUACUCUCGGCUCAACAUGGGAGUGUUUACAUAUUUCAUCCGUAUUUUGGUGUUUGGUUCUUCUGGGUAUCAUUAGUGUUUUACUUAUACUCAUGGCAUCCUUGAAUUUAUGUGUUUCGCAGCCAAAGCGUGAGCGAUAUCGAAUGACGAUUAAAAAUGUUUUUCAAAGAACAGAUCUUGUUGGCGAAGGUGAACUGUGGCUUGGUGGAUUAGCGUCCCUUGCGGUAGUUCUAAUCUCAGUUAUGGCCUAUGCAUUUUCAAUUUCAUAUUUGAAUGAAUAUCCAGCAGAGAAAACCAAUGGUUCACGAUUUUCAUGCGACAAAACUCUCCGAAAUGCUCAAUUCGACUCGAAAUUACAAGCCCUAGCCGUUCCUGUUUCUGACGAGGAACAAGUGAUCUUCGACUUACUGAACGAACAAAACUUCACACUUCAACUAGAUUUUGUCAACACAGCAACUAGUUGUCAAGUGUUAUUAAUUUACGAAGUGACCGAAUUAUCAACAACAAUAUUACCAAUAUCGUCAUGUUCGAAUCAAAAUGGUACACUCUAUGCAACAUUGUCAUUGCCUCAGCAUGAAAUAACGCUUCGAGUAGUACUGAGUGACAUCCAAUUGAUUGGCGGCUUUCGCGCGGGAAUUUCAGGUCCUUCGAAACAGAACGACACAAGUACAUUAAAACAACUGGGCUUUCUCCGAUCAUUUUACAGUCAAUCAAAGGAAACAUUUGCUCAAGUUGCAACUCUGAAAAUCGCCCUGACAAAGGUUGUCAAUCAAACUGAACCAUUAGCUGAUGGUGAUUCCAAGUUCGAAGGUUUGUGGUAUCCAACAUUCACCUACAGUCUCGACGAAAUGUUUGUCACCAACGAAUAUUAUGUCACAUCAGCUAAUCGUUCGUCGACAACAUUAACAAUUGAUAUCAGUGAAACAUCAUAUUAUAUGAAAAACACUCAAUCACCCAUUGCGAAACAAGCAGAAAUUAUGUUUCGUACCCUUUUAUUUACAUUCCUAUGUUUGGAAAUCUGUGCAAUGAUAUUCCUUAUCUGCAAACUACUUAUCGAACCAAUUUGGCAUCGGCUCCUUGCUCGAUUUAUUGGUCACCCUGAAAAUAAAAUCGAUCCGAGUCAUGAAAUGACAUUUCAUAACAAUAAUCAUCAUCAACAUCCUCAUCAUUAA